CCGGCGUCUUUCGCCGGCUGAGGUAUAUAAAAUGAUCCAUCGGUCGUGUUGGAGUCCAUCCGUCGUCAAACUUCCACAACAACAUGUUCCGUCUUAGCGUUCUGCUGACCAUCGGUCUGGCCGUUUCGGCCCUCGGCAACGUAAUGUCGCCCGAGUACUACGAAUGGGCCGGACGUAUCGUUGGUGGCCAGAACGCCGGAACGAACCAGUUCCCUUACCAGGUUUCGCUUCGCUCGUCGGGCAAUGCUCACUUCUGCGGUGGCUCGAUCAUCAACAACCGCUACGUGCUGUCGGCUGCUCACUGCACGAUCGGACGUACUACCGGUAACACGAUCUCCGUCGUUGGUGCCCUCUUCCUGAACGGUGGCGGUAUUGCCCACAGCACGGCCCGCAUCGUCAACCACCCGAGCUACAACGCCAACACGCUCGCCAACGAUGUGUCGCUGGUGCAGACCGCUAGCUUCAUCACGUACACUGCCGCUGUGCAGCCAAUCGCGCUCGGAACGAACUUCGUCACCGGCGGUGGAGCCGUUGCUUCCGGUUGGGGCCAGCUUGGAGCCAACAUCGGUAUCCCGAACCAUCUGCAGUUCCUGAACACCCAGAUCAUUACCCUGGCCGAUUGCCGCAACCGUCACACCACUGCCAACGCUAACCGUGUCUUCGACUCGACCGUCUGUACGCUCAGCCCGAGCGGCCAGGGCAUGUGCAUGGGAGACUCUGGUGGCCCGCUGGUCCAGGGUGGUGCUCUGCACGGUAUUGUCUCGUGGGGUAUCCCGUGCGGUCUCGGCAUGCCCGAUGUGUUCGCUCGCGUCUCGUCCUUCGUCGGCUGGAUCAAUGCCAACGCUGCUGGUAUAAAAAUAGGCGAUCACAUCUUGGCGGAAAUCAAUUGCUAUUUCGAUAGGAAAGGAAACGUGUUUGCAAGUAAAAUGUAUCGCAAAGCAGUUGCAGCCGUUGCACUGGUGCUUGGCUUCCUGGCGGUAGCCGUCAGUGGCGAUCUAGCGACCUCGGAUCCUCUUUACCAGCAGUGGAAGGGACGUAUCGUCGGUGGAACUUACGCGCGGGAUGGAGACUUUCCGUAUCAGGCCUCGUUCCGUACUACGGAUGGUAUGCACAUUUGCGGUGGUGCCGUGCUGAACCAGCAGUGGGUCAUUACGGCUGGCUCGUGUAUGUUUGGUCGUACGACCAGCGAUACUCGGGUGGUUGUUGGCGCCUAUCGUCUGAGCCAGGGAGGCUUCAACCUGGGGCUGCGACGCAUCAUCAUCCAUCCAAACUUUGCGGCACAAACGCUGGCCAAUGAUGUUGCGGUGGUGCGUGUAUCUACGCUGAUGGUGCUAAGUGACGCCGUACAGGGUGUGCAGCUUGGUUCGUACAAUGUGAACGUGGCGUACGGAGCACUGGUGUCCGGUUGGGGUCGUACUGAGUUCUCCAAUCCUCAGUUCCCGGAUAACUUACAGUACAUUGCGGUGAACGUCAUUUCUCAGCUGGAAUGCCGUGCUCGGUUUACCGCCCCCUAUGAUGCACGAAUCUACGACUCGACCCUGUGCAGCAGCAGUCCAAUCGGUCAGGGAACUUGCCUCGGCGAUGCGGGCAGUCCGUUGGUGCACGGUGCCGAACUUCAUGGCAUUGUGUCGUGGGGUAUCCCGUGUGGUGAAGGCUAUCCGGAUGUUUAUGCUCGUAUCUCGUCCCACCGCGGUUGGAUUCUUGCGCACACUCUCAUUUAAGGCGCAGGUGUAGGUUAAUGUUAGGGUAGUGAGCAGUGAAUGGUGUGAACAAUAUAUCAAAAUACCAAUGUUCAAAUGUUUGGUUUAACAUACCCGGUCGCCUAC